UGCUGCUUUCCAUGCAGGUUUGGGACUCCUCCUGCUCCAUCCCGACCCCGUUCCCAUCCCCAUUUUCACCCCAAUCCCCCAUCCCCUGCAGCUCAGGGCUUGGUGAGCGACAAAGCGGCGGCGGAGGACGGUGUGGGGCCGGAGGAGGACGGUGUGGGGCCGGAGGAGCCCCGGGUGCCCCCAUCCCAUAACCCGGCGCGGGACCGAUCCCUGGGAUCCAACAGGCGCAAAGCGAAGCGUCCCGACAAAGCCAUCCCCACCGGCGCCGCGCAGACGCCCCGCGCCGCCCCGACCCCCAAACCCAAUGGGGCGAAGCUUCCCCGGGCGCGUGCCCGCCCGUUCGGCUGCGCCGACUGCGGCAAAUCCUUCCCGUGGGCCUCGCACCUGGAGCGGCACCGGCGCGUGCACACGGGCGAGCGGCCCUACGGCUGCCCCGAGUGCGGCGAGUCCUACAGCCAGAGCUCCCACCUCCUCCAGCACCGCCGGACCCACGCCAGCGACCGGCCCCACCAAUGCGGCCACUGCGGGAAACGCUUCGCCGGCGCCGCCGAGCUCGCCGCGCACAGCCGGGGCCACGCGGCCGAGAAGCCCCACAAGUGCGGGGACUGCGGGAAGGGCUUCGCUUGGGCCUCCCACCUGGAGCGGCACCGGCGCGUGCACACCGGCGAGAAGCCCUUCGAGUGCCCCGAGUGCGGCGAAACCUUCAGCCAAGGCUCCCACCUGGCCAAGCACCGGCGCGGCCACACGGGCGAGCGGCCGCACCGCUGCUCCGCCUGCGGGAAAUGCUUCGCCCAAAGCUCCGACCUCGCUCGCCACCGCCGGACCCACGCGGGGAAGAAGCCCCAGCGGUGCGGGGAUUGCGGCAAGGCUUUCCGCGCCGCCCCGGCGCUGCUGAGGCACCAGCGGUGCCACCGGAGGGAACGCAGCCAUCGCUGCGGGGACUGCGGGAAGGGUUUCGCUUGGGCGUCCCACCUGCAGCGGCACCGGCGCGUGCACACGGGCGAGCGGCCCUUCCCCUGCGGGCUGUGCGGGGAGCGCUUCUCGCAGAAAGCUCACCUCCUGCAGCACGCCAAGACCCACUCCCCCGACCGGCCCUACAAGUGCGGGGACUGCGGGAAGCGCUUCGAGGACGCCCCGCCGUUCCUCGCCCACCGGCGCGGCCACGCCGCCCUCAAGAGCUUCACCUGCGGGGACUGCGGGAAGGGUUUCGCUUGGGCCUCCCACCUGGAGCGGCACCGGCGCGUGCACACCGGGGAGAAGCCCUUCGAGUGCCCCGAGUGCGGCGAAGCCUUCAGCCAAGGCUCCCACCUGGCCAAGCACCGGCGCAGCCACGUCCCCAAAGCGGCGGCUUUGCUCCCCGGGGAGGAGAGGGCUGCGGGGGGAGAGCCCCUCCGAGCGGCCCCGCUGCGCUGCGGGGCCAACCAGAGCCUGCAGCGGUGAUGGGCGCUCGGUGACAGUGAGUUCAGCGGGGUGGGAUGGUGGAGAACGUGUGAUGGGGACCGAGCAGAGCGGCGCUCUGGGGACAGAGCACCCAUUCCUGGGUGCGCACGGCUGGGGACGUGGUGAUGCUCCCCUGCUGGGAUGCUGAUGCUGUGGGUUGGGGGGUGAUAACCCAGGUGCCAAAACCCCACAGAAUGCGCCUGCUCCUUGCUGCCACCAAGUCGGCUCGUUGGGGAGCACUGUGCCCCACACUGUGCCCCACACUGUGCCCCACACUGCAGGCUUUGGGGCUCCUGGGGCCGUAUCCCCGAGCCCCACGGUGGGGAACCCGCGUGGAUCCCACGGGACGCGUCCUGUAGGGCGGGAGCUGGGCGCGCUGGGGAAGCUGUGCCACACCGCGCUGCUCAUCGGACAAAAAGACGCACAAAAAAAAAGGAAUUUUGGUGAA